CCUCGUCCUCAUGCUCCUCGACCCGCCUCUCCUCCGGCUAAGCGACCUUUACAGGAAGUGAAGAAAGAGAGGUCAGGCGUAUUGUGGUGCAUGUUUGUGAAACCAUUUUUUGAGUUUACGUGCAGAGAUUGUGUGAGAUUUUAGGGGAUGCUUAAACAAAUGUUGAUUUUCACGUCAGGAAAGUUCCGCCGGAACCAAAUGCUCCAAUUCCUCCUCUUCCUCUGCAUCUUCAUCCGCCUCCACCAAGGUCAGGGUCUGCAUGGCCGCUGCACUGUCUCACAUUAAUAUUCGCUCUCAUCAUGACGUUAUUCAGCAAAGCUCAAAGGUGUUUUUUUAUUUAGAAAAGAGCCCCCUGAUCCCAACGCUCCUCUUCCUCCACUUCCUUUUCACCUUCACCCCCCGCCUCCCCCGAAGCGUCCCUCACAGGACGGGAAAAAGGACAGGUCUGGAUCAGAUGAUUUCUCAUUACAGACUGCAUUAAGUUGAUGCCUUCAAGUAUCUGGGAGGAUUGUUUUGGAAAAGUAACCUAUAAUUUCAUUUGGAGUUUUUUCUUCUCUGCAUUGAAUCCUUGUGUUGUUUGCUACAGCAGGAAGGAGUGUUCCGACUCUAAACCUCCUUCACAGAAGAAGACGUCAGAUCAUGUGAAGAAAGACAGAAAGGACUCCUGUGACUUGAAGCCUGGCCAGCCUGUGAAACGUCACUCAAUUGACUCCAAACCUGACAGGCGGGAAUCCACUGAUUCAAAGAAAACUAGCUCGCCACCAGCAAAGAAGCUAUCAGCUGAAAGGAGAGAGUCUCACGGCUCCAAGACCUCUCAUCCUGGACCUCCACAGCGGAAGCCCUCUACUGACAGCAUUGAAAGAAAGGGCAAAGUUGAUGCCCCUAAAACCCCCACAACCCCGACCAGCCCCAUGUCACCCAGCUUCAGUUCUGCCGGGGGUCCACUGCCUCCUCAUCUCGCAACCGGAGACUCUGUCAGAGACAAGUGCAUUGAGAUGCUGGCAGCUGCCCUGCGCACAGACAAUGACUACAAAGAUUUUGGAACUAACUGUGACAGCAUGGCGGCAGAGAUUGAAGAUCAUAUCUACCAGGACAUAAAGGCCACUGAUAUGAAAUACAAAAACAGAGUCCGCAGCCGCAUCAGCAACUUAAAGGACCCAAAAAACCCUGGGCUUCGCAGAAAUGUUCUCGCAGGAAGCAUUGAAUUAAGCCGCAUCGCCACCAUGUCUUCUGAGGAAAUGGCCAGUGACGAGCUGAAACAGCUGAGGAACGUUCUCACCCAGGAGGCCAUCAGGGAACACCAAAUGGCCAAAACUGGUGGCACCACCACUGACCUGCUGCAGUGCGGCAAGUGCAAGAAGAAGAACUGCACCUACAACCAGGUGCAGACACGCAGUGCUGAUGAGCCAAUGACCACAUUUGUUCUGUGUAAUGAGUGUGGAAACCGCUGGAAGUUCUGCUGAUGCCUUCCAGGUGAAACUACGAUUUAUUUUCCUGAGCAUAUUGAACUGCAUAUUUUCUGUAAUGGGAGGGAGUUUAUAAAUUAUUGCAGCUUGUGAUUUAAACAGAUCAGUAGGGUUCUUAUAAUUUGUACUUGACAUUUUGAGAUUUUUAAGCAUGUGCUAAUAAUCCGGGUUUGCUUUUUGUGGAAUUGAACACUGAGCAUGAAUGCCAGUUUGAUGACUGAACAAUGAGUGAUGAUCACGGCGCUGCCAUGAUCGAAAAACUACCCAGUUAAUAUGCUGUGUCAUAUUACAGCUGUUCACUUUGUAUAUAUCUAAUUCUAAUAAAACUGCAUAAAUCAUCAGUAUGAUGGCUUUUUAAACUCACAUAUAAUAAAAGAUUUUGACAAUCA